AUGCCUCCCAAGAAGGCCCAAGUUCAAGAGAAGGUCCUCCUGGGCCGUCCUGGAAACAACUUGAAGAGCGGUAUCGUUGGUCUUGCAAACGUCGGCAAGUCGACGCUCUUCCAGUCCAUCACCAAGUCCUCCCUUGGUAACCCUGCCAACUUCCCCUAUGCCACUAUCGACCCCGAGGAGGCCCGUGUCAUCGUUCCCGAUGAGCGCUUCGACUGGUUAUGUGAGCACUACAAGCCCAAGUCCAUCGUUCCCGCCAACUUGACCGUGUAUGAUAUUGCCGGUCUGACCCGUGGUGCUUCGACUGGUGCUGGUCUGGGUAACUCUUUCCUGUCGCACAUUCGUGCCGUCGAUGCCAUCUUCCAGGUGGUGCGAUGCUUCGACGAUGCUGAGAUCAUUCACGUCGAGGGCGAUGUCAACCCCGUCCGCGAUUUGGAGAUUAUCAGCGACGAGCUGCGCGUUAAGGAUAUCGAGUUCGUCGAGAAGGCGCUCGAUGCCCUUGGCAAGCAGACUCGCCGUGGUGGCCAGUCGUUGGAGAUGAAGAAGUUGAAGGAAGAGGAGGCUACUGUUGGCAAGGUCCUGCAGUUCCUCAAGGAUGGUAACGACAUCCGUAACGGUGACUGGACUCCCAAGGAGGUUGAGGCUAUCAACCCUCUCUUCCUCCUGACUGCCAAGCCCUGUGUGUACUUGGUCAACUUGAGCGAGAAGGACUUCAUUCGCAAGAAGAACAAGUACCUCCCCCCUCUGUUCGAAUGGAUCAAGAAGCACUCUGAGGGCUCUCCCAUUCUGCCCAUUUCUGCCUGCUUCGAGGAGCGUCUUGCCCUGAUGGGUGAUGAUGCUGCCGCUGCUGAGGAGUGCAAGAAGCUUGGCACCCAGUCUGGCCUUCCCAAGGUCAUCACUACCAUGCGUACUGCAUUGAACCUGGGUAGCUUCUUCACCACCGGUACUGAUGAGGUCCGUCAAUGGACCAUCCGUAAGGGCACCAAGGCUCCCUCCGCUGCUGGUGUUAUCCACGGUGACUUUGAGAAGACUUUCAUCCAGGCUAUUGUGUACAACUACAGUGUUCUCAAGGAGCUUGGUGACGAAGCUGCCGUCAAGGCCGCUGGUAAGGUCAUGACCAAGGGUAAGGACUACGUUGUUGAGGAUGGUGAUAUCAUGCUCAUCAAGGCUGGUGCUGCCAAGAGCUAG